GCUCCUGUCUGCUCUGUAUGGCAAUUAAAGAGCCUGUUGAACUUCACAUAAGAGGAGACAUUUACCCAUUUUCUUUGUUGAAAAUUAUCCCCUCAUGCACGUGCUGUGUAUAUAUUGUUUUUACUACUUAUUUAUAUGUAUUGUGGUAGCACCUAGGCAUCCCGGUCAUGGCCCAGUAACCCACUGUGUUAGGUGCUAUACAAACACACAACGAAAAGAGUUUACAACCUCAAGGUGUGUCUGCACUAGAAAGCGCUAUGGCUUUAGUAUAGACACUUACUACAGCAAUGCAAGGGGUUCUCCCAUCGCUGUGUCAAAUCCACCUCUCCAAGAGGCAGUAGCUAGAUCGACGGAAGACUUCUUCCAUUGACCAAAAACUGUCAAUAUUAGGGACUUGGGUUGGCUUAAGUACGCAGAUGGGUCAACCUAACUUUCAUGUGUUGACCAGCCCUAAGUUGGCUGCUGCUCUCCCCUCAGACCUUCAGUUCUGAGUCUACAGCUAGGCAGAGAUGAUAAUGCUGCAUGUGUGUUUGUGCAGCGCCUAGCGCGAUGGGUCCUUGGUCCAUGAGUGGGCCUCCUAGGUGCUAGAAAGAUAAUACAACUAAUAAAUAAUAACAAAUACAGUUUGGGACACACGUUGGUUGCCUUUGGGAUGAAAGGUUUUAUGUAUCUUUAAAUAUGCUCAGAUGACUUCCUUCCCAAAUGCCUCAUCUUUAUGGCAGUUUAAUUACAGCAGAGACUCUAAUUAUCACCUCCACCAUCUGCAGGCACCAGCAAAACAUUUAGCGGUGUUUUGUUUUCACAUAGCUCAUGGCAGCCCCAAAGAGUUUUAAUUUACUUCUCUAUAUUGUGGUUUUGUUUCCCCCACCCUGAAAAGCAAAAGAAUGUUUUCCCUCCUGCUCGCUCUCUCUCUGCUGGCGUGGGAGGCGGCGGCUGGCCUGACAGACAGUGCAGCUUCAGCUGCGUUGGGGGAUUUCACAGCUCUUUUCCAGUUGACCCAGCAAGACCCCUGGGAAAACGACGUUAAUCUUACCAGCAUGUCCUGUGAGGAUCUGGGGAACAAGACAUGGACCCACUUGCGACUGAACAACAACAGCCUGCAAGCCUUCCCUGCCUGCCUGCCUGGGGGACUGGAGGCCUUAGAUCUCAGCACCAACCAGUUGCCUUCGCUGAGUGGCAUGGAGAUAGCGAACUUCUCAAAGCUGCGUGCCCUCUCCUUGAGGCACAACCACAUCCAAGAAAUUGCAUGGGGAACCAGAGCCCUUGGUAGCCUCCAGUUCCUGGACCUAAGCGCUAAUAAAUUGUCCUCUCUGCCAUUAUGCCAGACAGCCCACCUGCCAAACCUGAAGUGGCUGUCGCUGGCCGGAAACCCCAUCACUGAACUCCAGCCUCUGGCUUUCUCCUGUUAUCCACAGUUACAGUUCCUGAACUUGUCUGCCACUCUGCUAGGGCAUGAGAAUGGCAGAGGGAUUAGCGUGUCAGCCUUUGCCAUGAAUGUGUUGCAGGGAGACACCGGGAACAGAGCUAGGAGCACCAUUGACGUGCUUGACCUGAGUGGGACCUUUCUCGAGACAAUUCAGCAGGAGUGGGCCCAGGACUUGGUCAGCCUUAGGUCGCUCCACCUUGCAAAGAUGGCCCAGCUGAGGAGCUUCGAUACGGAUCUAUUCAAGUCACUGCCCAGGCUGAGAGAACUGAAUUGCCAGGACUCCCGUGUGCUGAGCGGGGUGAGGACAGAGCUAUUUGAUGAUGCUCCUCACCUGACCUUUCUCACCUUCCAGAACUGUAACCUGAGUUCCUUUAAUCCUUGGAAUAUCAACUCAUCAGGUAGCAUCAGCAUCAACCUGUAUGGAAAUCCUUUAGAGUGCAACUGUGGACUUUCCUGGCUACUUUCUGAUCCGGAGAGAGUUGUACUGCAAAGGGCAUCUGACACCAUUUGCAACACAGCCUCAGAAGACAGAGAGAAGCCUUCAUCCUCAUCGUCUCUUUCGCUGUUACAACUCUAUGACGAAUGCCAGGCCAAGAGAAAUACCACAUUCCCCACAUCAAACACUCCCCCUUUCACAGAAGACUCUUCCAACCUUCCCAUUAUUGAUUCCACUACUGUGGCAGCAAUGAUGGACUCUACUCUAUUUGCUGAAGAACUUUACAGCGACUCCUUGGUGUCACGAAACAUGGUAAGUAUGACGCAAACAGCUCAGAUGAAGAAUGAUCGCACAAGUGUGGACCUUUUUUCCAAAUCUACUACUGAUCCCACUUCUGAAGGAACAGCAGCCACCUCUUCAACAAUUCUGAGAGAACUUUAUAGCGACUCCUUAACUCAGCAAAGCACUGUGAGUACAAUCAAAACAGAUCCAUUGAAGAGAAAUGCUACAACGACCACCGCUUUGUUUCCUCAAGAGGAAACAUUCUACCAGUCUACUAAUAACCUUUCCACUGAAGCGACAAGACCAAUAGGGACAAACUCUCCUCUUUCUCCUGGCACAGUAAGUCCAUCUCAGACAGAUCAACGGCUGCAAAACCCCACAAAGGCAAACCUUAUUCCAAAUCCUACCCAUGCUGUAAUAAAAGUGGAUUAUGAAGAUGACUAUUAUGAUGAUCAACCAAAGGAAAGCAUAACUCAACUGAUAAUAGUCUCUUGUGACUACGACCCCUGCCACCACCUCCAGAAGCCAUGCUCUGAACUUCAGAGGUUGUCCCCAUGUCUGUGUCCUGGGGUGUCUGGGGAAGACACUGUUCCAGAUCCACCGAGGCUCAGAGAAGUGUCUGAAACGACAGACACAUCAGCACAGAUCCACUGGUGUGCCCCCAGUUCAGUCGUUCAGACUUAUCAGCUUGCAUACCAUGCCAAAGGCAGGGAGAAGAGCCAGAUCCUGGUUGAUGAGAUCUAUCCCACAGCGAGGCAGCAUACACUAUACAAACUUUCACCAGACACCACCUAUUGGGUGUGCGUGAUUGCUUCUAACAAAGCAGGAUCGAGCCAGACGACAAGUGAGAUUUUGGGCAAUCCAUGCACCCAGUUUACAACAAAACCCAGCUAUAAAUCCAUCUUUGUGGUCUUGUCCCUAGCAAGUGGGGUCUUCCUAAUCACCACCAUUGUAUUGUCUGUGUGUCUGUAUCAAAAAUGUAAAAAGCCUCAUGCUGAGCAAUACAGCACACACCUCAUCUCUUAUAAAAACCCAGCGUUUGAUUACCCCUUAAAACUGCAGCCACGUAAUUAGCUCUAGGUAGUUUUGUCAACAUAUUUUGCAGUAAAACAUCUUAUAGCAACACAUUUAAGUAGAAUCCAGCUGCUCACUUGGUUAUAAGUUCCUCACAGGACUGACUUCAUCUCUGUUGUAAUUCUAAAGAAAUUACACCAGGGGCAUCUGUGGCUCCAAAUGCUUAGUUUUGUUACAACAGGACAUCACCUGGCCUGUUUCUGAGAUCUCUGUUCUCCAUUUCCAAAGAUCUGUGUUCAGGGUGAAGUUUCUCUUUUUAUUAUAAUGUAUAAUAAUUUUCAGGCAGCUGAUUGGGAGGUCCUAAUGAUGAUGAUUUUAAAAUGAAGUGAGGGGGGAUAGGGGUGGCACAACCUUUAGGCACCUGAAAACCCCUUUCUUUUU